AUGGCCACUGUACAUUUUGUUGCAACUCAAGUACCUCAAUCGAACAUUCCACGAUUUAAACGUGUUAUGGAUACAGAAGAGAAAAUUGUUGUCAAUAAAUCUGAUCUAUUGAAAUUCGAUAAAACGCCUGCAGACAACUCAGUGGCGACUGGCAAUGCCAUUGAGUUCAAUAAAAAUAUUUCAAAACCAUCAGAUGAUAAGAAUAACACUUUUCUAGAAACUACUUUAAAUCUACUUCGUAGUGAAAUUAGUGAAUUGAAAACACCAGAAAAUAAUUUAACAAGUAUAAAUGUCAUGCCUGAAAGAAAUCAUAGUUUACAAGUUGGAAAUAUAAUAGAAAAGUUAAGCAGCUCAUCUGAUAAGCAAGAUGAAUCCAAUGAUGUAUGUGCACCAUUACGUCCAAUCAAAGGUCGACGUAUGCAUCUAUUUCAUCCCACUUCUCCUAAUACUGAUAAUAAUUGUAAUUCUUCAAAACACGAUGACACUAUUUCCAGUAAACACAAGUAUCCGAAUUCAAAGUGUAGAAAAUUUAAACGUUAUGUUAAAUCAUUUAUAGCAUUUUUAUUCUCACAUAUUGGUCUAUGCUUAGUUGUCGUUGGUUAUUGUUCACUAGGAGCAUUUCUAUUUCGUUCCAUUGAACAAAAUCAUCAAGCUGCUGUGAUACGUAAUUUUACAAGUGAAUUAAUUCGACGUCAAAUGAAUGUACAAUAUUUACUAGCUGAUUUGCAUCAACAAUCAUUAGUAGUAUGUAAUGAACAUGUGGCAAAAUUCGUUGAAACUGAAUUAAAAUGGAAAAAUGAUAUGAUUAAAAUUUUAGUAUAUUAUGGUUUUUCAACAAAUCCAGAAAAUUUUAAAACAGAAUUUGAAAAAGUCAAUCAACAAUUAACUAAACCAAUCAGACCAAUUGAUCAAACUGAAUUUACAUUUGAUACAAAACUGAAUACAGAGAGAUUGAAUGAAUUUCAAGAAAAUUUAACAUUGAAUUUAAAAAAUCAAACUGAACAAAUCAUGAUUAAAACAAGUGAAGUAAUUCAAAAAUUAAUACAUGCCACAUAUGAUGCAUGUGAUUCAGGUUGGAAACCGGUGAAUUCAAGAAAUAAUUUACCAGUUAAUCGAAAAUAUCAUACUAUUGAUUCACAAUGUUAUAAAUAUAAUAAUUGUACAUUGAACAUUUUCAAUCCUGUUAAUAAUGUGAGUAGUGAUAAUGUGAAUCAGUCAAAAAGUACUAUGUGUAAUUGUUUUAAUGAAUCAAUGUGUCAGUGUGAUAAUUUAACUCAAACUAAUGAUCAUUCAAAAAAGUCAUAUACAAAUGUUUUCAUUGAAGAAUAUCGUGAUCCUUGGGCAUGGACUGGAGCUUUAUUAUAUGCUGUCACUGUGAUUACUACUAUUGGUUAUGGACAUAUUGUGCCGAAAACAGAUCUUGGACGUGCAACCACUGUAGUUUAUGCUUUAUUCGGUAUACCAUUAGUACUUUUAUGCUUAGCUAAUCUUGGCGGUUUUUUAGCUAAUACAGUUCGAAUUAUUUAUUCAAAUUCAUGUUUUAAAUAUCAUCAACAUCGUGUGAAAAAAAAAUUAUCCAAACAACAUUCUCCAUUAAUAUUACCAAUACAGAAAGAUCAACAAUUACCAAAACGAAAAUUAUUGCCUAUACGUAAAAAUAAAAUACCACCGACAGUGGAAGAAAACACAGAAAUUUCAAUGAUCAAUAAUUAUCCUGAUCAAAUUAAUAAAUACACAUCGAAAGAAUCCAUUAAUCGACUGCACGUGUAUGAUUAUCACACGGCAAGAUUUGAAAAACGCGCCCAGUCGAUUCUGCAUACAUUGACUAGUUCACAGUCGAUCAUUUCAUCAAGUAUACAAAAAGACCAACGUAGCGAUGUAGUACAUGUACCAAUGUGGUUAACAUUAUUGGUAUUUUUUAUUUAUAUGAUUGUUGGUGCAAUUAUAUUCGCGAAAUGGGAAAAUUGGAAUUUACUCCAAUCUGGUUAUUUUGUAUUUAUCACGCUAUCGACCAUUGGAUUUGGUGAUUUUGUACCCGGUAUACAAACAGAUAAAUGGCAUGAGAAUUCAACUAAACCAGUAUUUUGUUGUUUAUACUUGUUAUUUGGUUUAUCUAUGGUUGCAAUGUCAUUUAAUUUAAUGCAAGAAGAAGUGAAAACUAAAUUUCGACGAUUUGCUUAUAAAGUUGGUUUAAUUGAAGAUUAGAUAUAUUGUUUUUUUUUCCCUUUUAAUGUUACAUACAUGCAUUUGAUCAUUAAAUAUAUAUAUAUAUCAGUGAAUACUUGAUCAUUGAACAUUGACAAAGUUGUAGUCACCAAUGUGUUCCGUCCGCCAUGUUUUUUUACAUGUUAUUCAAAAUGCUCACUUGUUUAUCUGUUUAGUUUUAUUCAAUGUGCCUUCAAUUUUUUUUGAUUGUAUUCUCAAUUAGUGAUACUAUGAUAGUCAUAAUGAUUUUAUUGAAAUUAGUUUUUAAGUCAUUAUUGUACAACACAUUAAUAAUUUUCAACAACAAUAAAUUGGACAUUUUCAAUGGUGAUCAU